AUGUCUUCUCGCGGCGCAAGACACCAUACGGUACCUCGUCGGCGCUCUCGAAGCGACGUUGGUGACGACAGUGACGAUCCAGAUUCCAUCAACGCGACUCCCGCAUCCAACAGCAAACGUCCUCGCCUGAACCCCACCGAAGAAGAGCCUGUCACUGAAGAUGGAGAGAACGAGGAGGACGACGAUGAUGAAAGCGACGCGGCCGCAAGUCAAGACUCAAGCCAGGCCCCCGCCCGGCGCCAAACUGCCCACCGUGGAAUCGGUCCGGGUGGCUACAAACCUGGAGCGAUCUUUCGAAUCAAAGUCACAAAUUUCGUGACUUAUACGUCCGCCGAAUUCCAUCCAGGCCCGAAGCUGAAUAUGGUCAUCGGCCCGAAUGGCACAGGCAAGAGUACCUUGGUCUGCGCCAUCUGUCUAGGUCUUGGUUGGGGUCCACAGCAUCUUGGACGAGCAAAGGAUCUUGGUGAAUUCGUCAAACACGGCUGUGCGGAAGCCAUCAUCGAAAUCGAACUCGCGGGCCCACCGAAGCUGGCUUCUAACCCCGUCAUCUGUCGAACUAUCAAACGCGAUGGGAAUAAGAGCUCAUUUACUAUCAACGGACGGAAUGCCAGUCCGAAAAAUGUGGCGAACCUUGUGCAAUCCUUCGCGAUCCAAGUGGACAACCUCUGCCAAUUUCUCCCUCAGGACAAAGUUGCCGAGUUUGCGGCCCUUUCACCCGUCGAACUUCUCCAUUCUACACAGAGAGCUGCAGCUGAUCCGGAGAUGACUAAGUGGCAUAAGAAUCUCAAGGAUCUCCGGCAGAAACAAAAACAACUUGAGAUUGAGAACCGAGGUGACAAUGAAACCUUGGCAAACCUGAAAGAUCGGCAGGAUCAGCAAAGAGCCGAAGUCGAAAACAUGCGGCAGAUGGCCGUAGCACGGGAGAAAAUGGAGCUUCUGGAAUUCUGUCGGCCGCUUGUGGAGUAUAGAGAAUACCACAGAGAGUUUGACAAGAUCAAACAGGACAAAGCCCGAGUUGAGCGAGAGUAUGAGCAACUCAAAGCCGAACUCGAACCUACGAUGCAGGCAGUCACUGCCAAGGAAAGCUAUGCAGGCAAGAUCGACCUCGUUCGAAAAUACCGCAAACAGCGUGCUCAGCAAUUAUCCAAUGCAGCCUCAUCCUGUGAGCAAAAAUUGAAAGAUCUCCAAAGUUCGAUGAACGACCUAGAUAGUCAAAUCGCGGCGCAGAAGACCAGCUCCCAAAAGCACAAAACCGAGGGGCUGCAGGCGCAGCAAAGAGUGAAGAGGCUAAAGCGGCAAUUGGAGGAAGAAACCGUAGAAUUUGACGCCUCUCACUACAAUGAACAGCUGGGAAAAAGACUUGCUCUUCGUGAACUAGAGGAAAGGGCGAAGACCAUUAAGGAUAAUCGACUCCCAGUCCACGAAAUAUCGAAGCGGCUAUCGGCCCAGAUCGAAGAGGCCGAGACGCAAAUUCAAAAUCUGGAUUCCCAGACGGGCCAGCAGGAGCUCAAGCUGCAACAACUGUCUAUGGAUACCCUCAAAGCCUAUCGAUGGGUUAAAAAUAACCAGGCCAUGUUCGAGAAGCCAGUCAUUGGGCCUCCCAUCGUGACUUGCUCGAUCACAGAUCCCAAGUAUGCCAAUGCCAUUGAGGCCCUUCUCAAUAAAAACGACUUCCUGGCAUUUACAGUCCAAACCAAGAAGGAUUUCCGUACCCUGCAACAGCAGCUGAUGGGACAACUGAGACUUCAUGAUAUCACCAUCAAGACGAGUCCUUCUCGGGAUAAUCGAGAGCCCCCAACGUCGGUCCAAGAACUCCAGCAGCUUGGCUUUGACGGCUGGGCGAAGGACUUUAUUAGCGGACCCGAUCCUGUCAUUGCCUCUCUUUGUAUGGAGAAUCGGUUCAGCCAAACUGCCAUCGGGCUCAGUCAAUUUAGGGGUGAACAAGCAGAGAUCGACGAGCUGCGCAACAAAAGAAUCACCACAUUCGUGGCCGGGACCCAGUUGUACCACACUAAUUACCGUGCAGAGUAUAAAGCUUCUUCAACUAGCAUCAAGGCGGUUCGCGAGGCCAGAGUCUGGACAUCACAGCCUAUCGACACGUCUAUUAAAGAAACACUUCUCCAAAACAUCAAGGAGUUGAAAGAGAAAAAGGAAGACGUCGAAUUGCAAAUUCAGGCCUUCAGACAGGAGCUGGACGCAUCGCACAAGUCUCACAAGGAGACGAAAUACGCAAUGGAAACAAUUGAAAACGAAAAGGCUGCACAGCAAAGUGCUUACACAAAGUGGCUAGCUAUCCCUGAAACAAUCAGCCAAGAAGAAGCCAAGAUGAAGAACAUCCAGGAGCUGUUCGCGGAGGUGAGAGAACAAGUGGCUGCGUAUCGGGACGAGCAGGACAAGAUUGCUAUCCAAAAGGCGGAGGCAGCAAUCGCUUAUGCGGACGCUGCCGAAGCGCUUCGACGUGCUUCUGAGGAGCGCAUCAAAGCUGAGGUCUGGUACCUAGAAGCCCAUUCGGAUCUCGAGACCCUCAAGGAAAAACAUGCAAGCUGCACAAGGCUGCUGGAGCAAAAGGCCCUAGAAGUAAGGGAGGUCGGGGAGAAGUUCAGAGAAGGCCGUGGGAAGGGUAGCAAGUUGUUAAAAGCGGCCAGGGAAACUAGCACAAAGGUCAAGGAGCGACCAAACAGUGAGGAGGUCGUGCAAACGGUUACCCAUAUGGCGUAUACUCUCGACAAUCUCAAUGCCGAUAUCGAAUCCCAACAGGCCCAAGUUCGGUUGUUUGUCGGGGGUAAUAGCAACAUCAUCAAGAUCUUCGAAGACCGGGGAAAACAAAUUGAGAGACUCGAGACCAAACUCAGCGAUUACCGACGUGAUUUGGCCGGGUAUGAUGAUGCAAUCAAGGAAGUUCGGGAGCGUUGGGAGCCGAGACUCGAUGCACUCAUUGCCAAGAUUAGCGAUGCCUUUGGGGACUCGUUCGCGCGCAUUGGCUGUGCUGGUCAGGUCAGUCUGGACAAGGUAGAGGCCACACCUGGUCCGAAUGGCGAAACUGGCGGCAGCGAGUUUGACCAGUGGUCUAUUCAAAUCCACGUUAAAUUCCGCGAACACGAGCAACUCUCGAUCCUCGAUUCCCAUCGCCAGUCCGGAGGUGAACGCGCCGUCAGCACGAUCUUCUACCUCAUGGCCCUCCAGUCGCUGUCCGCGUCACCCUUCCGCGUCGUCGAUGAGAUCAAUCAGGGUAUGGACCCUCGAAACGAGCGCAUGGUCCACGGCCGCUUGGUGGAUAUCGCCUGCGACUCUGACGAUGACGGAGCCACCGACGAGGAUGGUAACCCUGUUGGCGGCGGCGGUGGUGGUCAAUACUUCCUGAUCACUCCCAAGCUUCUGAGCGGGCUGUCUUACAAGCCCGGCAUGCGCGUGCUGUGCAUCUACAGCGGCGAGCAUAUGCCGGAGGAGUAUUCCAAGCUCGACUUUGGCAGAGCUGUCCGGAAAAUGAAGGCCAUCAACGAGAAGAAUCAGAUGGCCAUGGGCGAGUCUCAUAGGAUCGAUGUCCACGGCUGA